AUGGUCACUUCAUAUCCUUUGCCUGAAGGCUUCACUGAAUUAGAGGUGUUUGGCAUUGGCACUGCUCUGCUGGUAGAAGCUCUGCUUGGGUUCUGUCUGAAUGGCUUGACAAUCAUUUCUUUUCGCAAAAUCAAAGAACUCCGAACUCCCAGUAACUUCCUGGUUCUCAAUCUUGCGUUGGCUGAUUGUGGGAUCUGCAUCAAUGCAUUCAUUGCUGCUUUUUCCAGCUUCCUGAGGUACUGGCCCUAUGGCUCUGACGGUUGUCAGAUUCAUGGAUUUCAGGGCUUUGUGACAGCACUGGCAAGCAUUAGCUCCUCUGCUGCAGUUGCCUGGGACCGAUAUCACCAUUAUUGUACCAGAAGUAAGCUACAAUGGAGCACAACUAUCUCAAUGGUGAUAUUUGUGUGGGUGUUCUCUGCAUUUUGGUCUGCAAUGCCACUGUUGGGGUGGGGUGAAUAUGACUAUGAGCCACUAAGAACUUGCUGCACAUUGGACUACACCAAAGGAGACAGAAAUUUCGUCACAUUCCUUUUUGCUAUGGCCAUUUUCAAUUUUGUGAUCCCUAUCUUCAUCAUGCUGACAGCGUACCAAUCUAUAGAGCAGAAAUUCAAGAAAAGUGGACAGUUCAAGUUUAAUACAAGUUUACCAGUGAAGACACUGGUCAUUUGCUGGGGCCCCUACUCCCUUUUAUGCUUCUACGCUGCAGUUGAAAAUGUGACUUUCAUCUCUCCAAAACUCCGAAUGAUACCUGCCAUUAUUGCCAAGACAGUGCCAACAGUGGAUGCCUUUGUCUAUGCCCUGGGGAAUGAAAACUACAGAGGAGGAAUAUGGCAGUUCCUCACAGGACAGAAGAUUGAGAAAGCAGAGGUCGAUAACAAAACUAAGUAA